GUACAGGUAGUCCCAACCUGGGAUGGGGUUCCUGCACGAAGACUCGGUGAUAAGUCUGCUCAGACAGUAAGCGAUCGGAAGGAGGCUGGACACGGACUGGGGAGACCCAAACGGAGAGACAGAAGGGGCAACAAGCUACACAGGCGUCGCCGUGACGCCGCCAGCUGUCUCACCCCACGAGCUCAGGAGGCCGUGGAGAGUGAGGAGAGCGAUUUCGAAGAGACCGGAAGAGAGCCCCGGCGGGCCUUCCCCGGUGCACUGGACAGUGGACAGAGAGCGUGCCUGAGGGGCUCUAAGGCCCAAAGCUUGGGGAACGCAGGCACUGAGGAGGUUCUUCGGAAUGCUGCAUCCAGGCUGGAGCCAUUUGGUCCACCACCCCAUGCAGGUGGUCACUCUCUUUGGAGCUCCUCAUUGGUUCCCAGUGGGAGGCCAGGCACUCGUCUGGAUCAAAACCUCCCCCACGUGACCAGCGAGGAGUGCUCCUGGGUGAAGGCACACAGGCAUACUGGACACACGCAUGCCAUCGUGGCACGCGGCAAGGACGGGUCUCCCGGAGCCCCAGUCGUGUCUCUGAGACACAGAAGGCCACAGUGCCAUCCACAUGCACCCAGACCCUCACACCAGCUGCUCCCCGGAGACCAGGGAGCCAAUCCCGGCCGCACCAGUGAUUGGGCUUUCUUCUCCACCAGCUUAUCGGAGGAAGAAGCGCAGUGGGCCUCUGCCUGGCAGCCCUCUUCUGGGAGCUGGCCUGAGGAAGCGGCUGCCCUGAUCUGUGACCAGAGACCGAAGAGAGACCGGUGGCGGGGACAAACCUGUCCCAGUGGCAGAGGGGACCUGGAUCAACCUAUCUCCAUAUCAGAAGGAACACCAGGACCAGGAAGCAGUCCAGAACUGUCCACAGAGAAGAGGCCAUUGAUAGAUGAUGGACACGUGUCCCAGGCCACUGAGACUGUGGAGUCACGGAUUGAAGCAGAUCCCUCCAGAAACCGCCUACCUGCUGUGGGCAACCCAGAGAGGGCCCUGGUCCCCCGCGAGAGUCAGAACAGCAGGGAGCUAAGGACUGCCAUUGUGACAGCUGGCUCUGACCUGCGGGGACAGGCCAGGGAUGGGAGAGCAAGCGGGGAGGGGCUCUUGUUCACAGAAAGCCAUGGACUGAAAAUCAUCGUGGGAGUGGAAGAAGGUCGAAGCUCCGAAACCAACCAUAGCCAAGCGGCCUCUGGUCAGCACGCAUUUCGGUUUCGUUUUGAUGUCAUCAGACAUCCCUCGCUAGACAUUGGCAGGCAGAUCUACUCUUGUUUCCUCUCAUCUAACACCCUCAGGUACUCUGUGUGUUUCUCCAAAAACCCUCUUCCUUCUCUCGGGCUACAGCUCCCACCUCGCUUCCCAAAAGCCUCCCUGACAAGCGGGGGUCCGAGCCUGCCGUCACCAUCUCCGGCCAGAGCAGGCCCUAAUCAAGAAGGCCCGGGCUCUCGUUCUUCAGAACAUUCAAGCCGCCAACCCGAGGCUCCGUUCUCUGUCAGCGUCACUUCUGACUGUCACUUUCUGCGUGACGGGGCUGCUGAAGAGCCGAGGCAGCGGGGAGGGCCCAGUCCCGCCUGGUGCUCACCUAAGGACAGCAGCCCAGAGUUAGCCCGGGCGCCGGCCUGUCCUUUCGGGCUCCCGUUAUCCCGCCUGUUUGCCCUUCGGCUAGUCAAGCUUUUGGGAUCUCCGGGAGUCCUGAUGGACCAGUUGCGGCCUGAGGACUUCACAGUCUCCCUGGACAUGCGGACGCUGCGGAGGGUCACUAUGCAGUGGGGAGACUCGCUGGAGAAGAAGCAGAAGAAGGCAGAGUAGAGAAAUGACAGUUUCUGGAAUCGUAAGCCCCACUUCCUGUGGACACCGCCUCAUCGCCAGGGGGACGUGGACAAUGACGUUCACGUUGUGUGGCUAACAGCUCAUCCGGGCCCCCCACAUGAAGUCUGUUACCAUAGCAACCCGCGCCUGCUGCCGCAGUGGACUGUUCCUCUCCUCCUGCAAGCUGGGUCUCUGUGAAGGCAGCAAAGCUUGGCCUGGCCCCUCCAGCUGGUGGCCAGCUCCUCUGCUGGGGGACCGUUGUUGCAGAGCCUCUGUCAAAACACCCCCGCCACCCCCAGCUGAGUCAUGCGGAGGGUGGGAGGUGUAACUCCGAGCAGACGUGUAAGGCAGGUGCACAACCUGAUGGCCUGUUCUCAGCCUGACAUCAGAAGAAACCCAGUGUGCGUUCUCUUUCCAAGUGUCCGGCUAGGACCCCCGUGUGUGCGUCUGCAUUUGACAGGAAGGGCAACGCCGUCUGUCUCCCCCACCCCUUUCACGCGUGUCCAUGGAGGUGUCCUCUCCCUCCUCAGUAGAAGUGCGAACAAACCAGGCCACUGCCACCCAGUCAGUAGCCGCUCCCAGCGCCCCUGUGGGACCGGGCAGGGGCCUCAGCUUUGGGAGGUGCAGGUGGACAUCCGUGGGAGACUUCUGCCUUGUCCUGCUCAAAGAAGAAAGGCGCACCAGAGGGCUGGGGGACAAGUCUGAACCUGCCCAGUGCCCUGCGGGAGAAAGGCUUGGUUUUCGGCCGUAAAGGUGGCAGCUCAGGAGAUCCUGGGGUGGCAGCCCUCCUGUCACACGGUGCCCUCUGAGUGGAAUUCCACUCGACACCCAGCCACACAGACUCCUCCCUGGAUGUUGGGGGCCGGUCUCCCUACAUAGUCCCCUGGGAAAGCAUCCAUUGUGUUCUGAGGGACCCACUGACCUUGUGAACCUGUGACUGUGUCUCCACGGAUGUGCCCGCCCGUUGUAACAGAUCCACAACUGGACUGGAUCCCGGGGCAGGAGGCGGGCCAAAGGCUCAGUGGAUCCUUGCAUGAGGAGGACUGGCUGCAGUGGGGCUGCCGGGCCUCGACAACUUGGUCUGGACUUGUCUACCUUCCGGCCCAUCCAGAAGUCCUGCUCUUCAACCUCCCCACCCCUGGCAGCAGGCCCACCCAGUGCUGACCCCGGCCCCAGUCCACUGGUGACAGAAGGAGCUGGGCAAAUGUGGCCGCCGUUGGUAAGGUGUCGGCAUCUACACAACAGGACAAAUAUGUUGCCUGAACGUUUGUAGGCUUUCAGGAAGAGCGAAGGCACAGCGCUGGAGAAGCUGAUGCGCACCAGGACGUCAAUCAGACCAGACCCUGAGGCGGGCGGUUGGGAAGGAGGCGCCCAGCCUAGCAGCCUGAGCAAUUCCUCUGACCUGGGGCUGAGACAGCCCAGGCACCUUGUAGCUGCGUCUUGGGCCAACAUGGGCUCUGCUCUAGCAGACCCAGGGCCCCUGGUGGUGCAGCGGGUUAUGUGUUGGGCUGGUAACCACAAGACCUACAGUUCAAAUCCACCCUCUGCUCCCUGGGAGACAGAGGAGGCUGUGAAGACAGGUCAGCGGCUGGGGGAAGCCCCCGAGGGCUGUGAGUCGGGACCGGCUCCGGCAGUGGCCUCAGCUGUGAUGCUACUGGUCUUUCACCCUCCUCCCGUUCUCUGCGGGCUCCUGUCCUGUCUGUUGCUCUGACUCCCGCUCCCCUGCAGGCCCCUCGCCCCUGGGCAGGACUUGCCUGCCUUUGGUCUGGGCUGGUUUCAGGGUCGGGGUCCCAGGACCAGUGGGCAAGCACCGCAGGCCAGCACAUGCUUGGCCGGUGCCUCCAGACCCAGGAAGCUGUGUGCAUGUAGGGCCCUGCAGGUGCCGCCUUUAUGUGCCUGGGCGCCAAAUGAAAGGUUAGGCCCUGAGCCCACCUGGCGGCUCGUAGAGAGAGGCCUGGCCCUCUGCUCCCGUGAAGGUGACGGCCUGGGACCCCUGUGGGGCACCUGCACUGUCCCAUCCACGGGUGGCAGUGAAUCAGCAUCGGCCCCACAGCCCCCAACAGCAACAGUCACCGUGUGGGAGUCGCGUCUCCAUGGCUGUCGGGCACACACACAAACACACUCCGGUUCGUGGCCAGUCCAGGGGCAGAGCUGCCCCCUAGCAUGUCCUCGGCUCUGAGCCCACACUGACCUUCUAGCGUGCAGCCGAGCACAAACUGCUCUCUGGAGACAACAGAAGGGACCGGGCGUUUCAGUGCCAACAAGUCCAUGCCGACUCGGGGACCCUCUAGGACAGGGUAGAACUAGCAGUCCCUGUGGGUGUCGUCACGGGAGCAGAAAGCCCCACUUUUCUUCUGCCACCAAACCAAAGGCACUCCGUGCCAUCGAGUCCAUGCCCACUGGGGACCCUCUAGGACAGGGUAGACCUGCCUCGUGGGUUUCCGAGACGGGGAGUCUUCACCGGACCAGCUGAUGGUUUCAAGUUGCGAGGCUAUGGUUCGCUGCCCACCGUGCCACCCCGGCUCCCCACCCCCUGCCGCGUGUGUUUGAAGUGGCUGGUCUGUCCCUAAAGACUCCCAAGUCUGUCACCGUUCUAUUUGAUCUCCAUUCCGGUCCCAGUGGUAAGGAGUCUGGAGGGAUUUCUUUGUCUUUUUGUUUUGUUUUUUUAAAGCAGCACACUGUAUAGUUAGCUACACAGCCCAUCACAAGCGACGUCAACAACAAUAUCCCCUGGAACCCUCCAUAUAUGUUUCUCUCCCGCCCCCGCCCCCCCAUCUGCCCUCCCUCCUUCCUCACUCAGUGCCCUCUGCCCCCCCUGCCCUGUUUCCUCCCCGUCCGUCCCUGCCGCCUCCUAGGCAGCAGACUUCCUCUUCCAGUUCUCCUUGUAACAGCGGGGGGGAUUCCGGAUCUGCCUUUGUGAGCUUGGCCAGUGUGUUGAGCAUAGUGUCCAUGUCUCACAGUACCUACGAGAGUUGUUGCUUUUUAUUGACACAGACGAUCCCAUCGUAUGGCUGUACCGCAGUUCCUUAGCCAUUCCUCUAUAAUUGGAGUUUGGGGUUGUUUCCGUGUUUUUGCUGUUGUGGAAAUCCCUACAAUAAACACAG